UAUAAACGCGUUUAAUUGUCAGAAAAGCACAGAUAACAUUGACAAACACAAGAAAAAUGAUAUACCAUACGUUCAGGAAAUGCGAAAGUUGUGAUCACGUGACCCGCAGCAGCAGCAGCUGUCACAUGACUAUUCGCUGUAAACAUGGCAGACAGAGAGGAGUACCAGAGUCUCGUAGAUGAUGAUGAUGAAGAUAAUGAUGAUGUGUCCCGGCACAUGAGCCCGCUGUGUGACCCGAGACACCUGCUGCACCGGAUCGUGGUCCUGGUCUUCAUGUGCUUCUUGGGCUUCGGUAGUUAUUUCUGUUAUGACAAUCCAGCGGCUCUUCAGACUCAAGUCAUACAGGACAUGAGUCUGAACACGGCCUCGUUCAUGCAGCUGUACGCCUGGUAUUCAUGGCCCAAUGUCGUCCUGUGCUUCCUGGGCGGAUUUCUGUUGGACCGAGUCUUCGGCAUCAGGCUGGGGACUAUAAUCUUUGCACUGUUUGUGUUAUUAGGGCAGAUCAUAUUCGCGGCCGGUGCUCUGGCCAAUCACUUCUGGCUGAUGAACUUGGGCCGGUUUGUGUUCGGCAUCGGUGGAGAGUCUCUGGCUGUGGCUCAGAACACGUAUGCGGUCAACUGGUUUAAAGGCAAAGAGCUCAACCUCGUGUUCGGCCUGCAGCUCAGCAUGGCCAGACUGGGCAGCACGGUCAACAUGAACGUCAUCGGUUGGGUGUACGGCCGCAUUCAGUCUAUGACAGGCUCAGCGGGACACACCACUCUCGGGAUCACACUCAUGAUCGCGGCGUCCACGUGUCUGUUCUCGCUCAUAUGUGCUCUUGUUCUGGGCUUCCUGGACAGACGGGCAGAGAAGAUACUCAACAAGGAGCAAGGCAAAACCGGGGAAGUCAUCAAGCUGACAGACGUCAAGGACUUUCCCUUCUCUCUCUGGCUCAUCUUCAUCGUCUGUGUGGCGUAUUAUGUGGCCAUCUUCCCGUUUAUUGGACUGGGCCAAGUUUUCUUCAUCGAGAAGUUCAGCUUCACUACUGUCCAGGCCAGAGCCAUCAACAGUAUCGUGUACAUCAUCUCGGCUCCUGCGUCUCCUCUGCUGGGGUUUCUGGUUGAUAGGACGGGCCGAAACGUCCUGUGGGUUAUGCUGGCCGUGGUCACCACGCUCCUCUCGCACAUGAUGCUGGCCUUCACCUUCUGGAACCCCUGGAUCGCCAUGUGUCUCUUAGGUUUGUCGUACUCUCUGCUGGCCUGUGCUCUCUGGCCCAUGGUGGCGUUUGUGGUUCCGGAGCAUCAGCUGGGCACCGCAUAUGGAUUCAUGCAGUCCAUUCAGAACUUGGGUCUUGCCGUCAUGUCAAUGGCUGCAGGAAGCAUCUUGGACAUCAAAGGUUACCUCUUCCUCGAGGUCUUCUUCAUCGCCUGCCUGUGUUUGGCUCUGCUCGCCGUGGUGUUGCUGUAUCUGUACGAUUAUCACAAAGAGGGAGAGCUGAACCUGUCAGCUUCAACACGCACCAGACGAGCCAAAUCUGAGUGAAGGCUCUUCUGCACUGCGUCUGAGCGCCGAUCGUCCGGUCGGCGUCCUUCACCUCGGGCCUUUCUGCACUAACCACAUUCCUCUGACACGUCACACCAGACCACCCACAAUCAUUUAAAUGAGCACUGAACAGCCCAGAUGAGUCUGAACCGAAGGACAGACAACAUCCGCACAUCUAGAAAUGAUUUUAAAUGAUCUUGUGACAUUAUUCUCAUCAGUUUUAAACCCCAAAUUCUCAUUACUGUAAUGCGAAAAAAAAAAAAAAAAAAACAUUUAUUAUAUACAAUUUUAAUUAUACUUCAUGAUUUUACCAUGUAAUACCUAUAAUUAAAUUCAUUAUGAUUUUUUAAAUAAAGAAAUUGUGCCAGGGUAGGAUUAUUUUAAUCGCUGUAUUAUUGUAGUAAUGGGUUAAAUGUGUUUAAUUGCCAUGAAAAUAAUGUCACAAGGUCCUAAAAUAUUCUCGAUGUAUUCUUUCCCGUUUUCUUUCUUUUUUUAUUUUGGGAUGAAAUAUGACGCACAUUUAUUCACGGAUGAAUGUCUCAGGGAAGCAUCUUGAACAUUAUAAACGUUAAAGAGCUUUUUGUGUCUAGAAGCCCACUCCAGCCUUAGAGACGAGAAAAAUAUUCAGGGUCCGUUCACACGUGACCAUUGACCAGUUCUCGUUGGUUCUUGACCUGAGUUAAAACCCCUUUAGUACUUAAAAAGAAACACUUCGACAUCUUAAAACACUGACAGCACUUUUAUCAGGCACAAGAGCAGUGUUUAUGCGUGGUCUGUUUAAAGUGAAGCGCUGGUGUAUAGUCUAUGGUGGACACACAUUCGUAGCUCUCGACUGGUGAGUGUUCCUGACCUGUCCUUCACUGGACACAUCUCACUCAAUCCUGCUCGACAGAUGCAGUGUAGCUGGACUCAGACUGUAAGUGGUUCCUGUCUUAACUUGGCUUAUUUGUGUUGUUGUUUCAGUUUUAAUCGUUUCAAUUGUUCUGGUUUGUUUUGCACAGUCAUGUGGGUUUUACUUGAAUGAUUUUAUUCUAAAAAAACUUACAUGUCAGGGUCAACGUAAAGCUGACUAUUUACCACCUGUUUUUCAAGAUAUACUGUUUUACUCAUAAAUAUUUCAAAUGGCAUGUCAUGUUGAUUUUAAAGCAUUUUUCUUGAAGAUUUGUCUUUGAAGAUUUCUUUUGUACUUUAGUUCAGUCAUGAAACUCUAGAUGGCGCAGGCUGAUCGGUCUUUUACAUGCAUUCUGUAAGCAAUCACAUCAUUACCUCAUGGCACAAGCUGAUUGGCCUCUGCAGACCCUGCAGCCAAUGAGAUUGCUUGCUCAACAUUUAAAUAGUGUCUGCUGUCAGCUGGUCCUCUGAACCCCUCCACCUCCCCAGCUCCACCUGCCUAGAUCUCAUACAGUAUUGAUGCGUGUCUGUUUAUACAGCAGAUCUUACAUGAUCACAGCAGCGUGACCAAAUGCAUUAACAUUGUCAUACCAUAUUUACCGUAUAUAUGCAUAAUUACAUUUUGAAAGUGUUACAUUUUGCUCUAAAAUAUAGUGGAAUAUGAACAAUAGCAAACAGGCUAACAUUUUUGACCUUAUGUUUUCUAUCAGUAGAAUUUAGGGUUAAAUAUGACCCGCCAUGUCGUUGACAGCGUCAUGACAUUCAUACAUGUAUUUGCCUAUAUAUUCUGUACUAUAAUUAUGGCUUCAUCUCUAAGUAAUUUCAUUGUUCAGCUUGUAAUGCUGUAUUUGAAAUACUAUUUGAUAUGAAUUUUUAUGAGCGAAUGAACAGAUUUUUUCAGUUGAAGCAUCUGAACAGGCGCAGCUCUUUCAGGUGUUUGAUUGGCACCGCUGCAGUGCAGCACCAAGACCAUUGAUUGGUCUUCACUCUCAGUCUGUCACUGACACUCUUGUAAUAAUAAUAAAAAAAAAUGAGAUCUAC